GUCACGUGAUAGUGCGGACGCGAAGGGGAGCACUUCCGGCGGCCACUUCCGGCCCGGCGGGACCUGCUGCCGAGCCGCGGAUUCCCCCGGAGGGGCCAUGGUGGUGUCGGCGCUGGAGCCCCCCGCGCCCCCCGCCAUGGUGGCCGAUGUCGUGUUCGUCAUCGAGGGCACCGCCAACCUCGGGCCUUAUUUCGAGUCCCUGCGCAAGCAUUACCUGCUGCCCGCCAUCGAGUACUUCAACGGGGGCCCCCCGGCCGAGACCGACUUUGGGGGAGACUUUGGGGGUACCCAGUACAGCUUGGUCGUGUUCAACACCGUGGACUGCGCCCCCGAGUCGUACGUUCAGUGCCACGCGCCGACGUCCAGCGCCUACGAGUUCCUCACCUGGCUGGACAGCAUCCAGUUUGUUGGGGGGGGAGGGGAGAGCUGCAGCCUGAUCGCCGAGGGGCUCAGCACCGCCCUGCAGCUCUUUGAUGACUUCAAGAAAAUGAGAGAAACAGAUAGGCCAAACCCACAAGUUUGUGUCCUGAUCUGCAACUCCCCCCCCUACCUGCUGCCAGCCGUGGAGAGCACGACGUACUCGGGCUACAGCACCGAAAGCCUGGUGCAGAGAAUCGCUGAGCGUGGGAUCCAUUUCUCGGUGGUGGCCCCCGGAAGCUGCCGGCGCUGCGGGUGGUUGUUUGAGAAGGGAGCCCCCCCCGGCAGCCUGGAGCCCCCCCAGGGCAAAGAGUGCGGCCAGGACCCGAGACACAUGGUGCUGGUCAGGGGGGUGGCACUGCCAGGCAGCUCCAGCCCCGCCCUGCCCCCCAAGGCCGGCUCUGCGCCCCCGGCCGGGGCCCAGAACUUCCAGACGCCGCCCAGGCCGCGGCGCAAUCGGCCGUGGAGGCGGCCAAGAGCCAGAAGAGCCUCGCGGGGCGCUGCCAGCGGGGGCCCCCCCAGCUCGGUGCCCCCCCAGGGAACCCCCCCAAACCUGGGAGCUCCAACCCUGGCAGGGCCCCAACAAAACAACAAAAUCCUGGCCUGGAGCGGGGUCCUGGAGUGGCAGGAGAAACCCAAACCCGCCCUGGUGGAUUCCAGCACGAAGCUGACGCGGUCCCUGCCCUGCCAGGUGUACGUGAACGCAGGAGAGAACCUGAAAACGGAUCAGUGGCCCCAGAAGUUGAUCAUGCAGCUGAUCCCACAGCAGCUCCUGACCACCCUGGGCCCCCUGUUCAGGAACUCGAGGAUGGUUCAGUUCCACUUCACCAACAAGGACCUGGAGUCGCUCAAGGGGCUCUACAGGAUCAUGGGCAACGGCUUUGCGGGCUGCGUGCACUUCCCGCACACGGCGCCGUGCGAGGUUCGGGUGCUGAUGCUCCUCUACUCGUCCAAGAAGAAAAUCUUCAUGGGGCUGAUCCCCAACGACCAGAGCGGCUUCGUCAACGGCAUCCGCCAGGUCAUCACCAACCACAAGCAGGUGCAGCAGCACAAGAUGGACCAGCAGAGAGGGUUGGGGGGCUCAGCCCCCGUUCCCGGGGCUCCCCCGUUCCUGCCCAAGCAGCCGGGGACGCUCCCGGUGACCUCGGGGGUGCAGCCCCAGGUGAGCCCAGGCCUGGCGCAGGUCGGGAUCAUGGAGGAGCAGCAGCGGCAGCAGAGCCUGUUACAGCUCCGGGCUCAGCAACAACAACCACAACCCCCCCAAGCCCCCCCAGCCGCCCCCGCGCCCCCCCCAGCCCCCCAAAAUCCGGGACCCCCCCAGGCAGGACCCCCCCAAGCCCCCCAAAGUGGGGGGGGGGCUCUGCUGCGCCCCCAAAAUCCGGGAGCCAACCCCCAACUGAGGAGCCUGCUGCUCAGCCAGCAGCCGCCCCAGGGCGGGGUCCCCCCCCCGGCUCAGCCCCUGCAUCACCUGCAGCCCCCCCCGGGGCCCCCCCAGGCCCAGCCCCUGCUGCCCCCUCCCCACCAGGCCCUGGGGGCAGGGGGGGCUCAGCUGCCCCUGCUGCAUCCCCCUCCCCCAGGGCAGCCCUGGCCAGGGCAGCUGGGGGGGCCCCGAGCUCCAAUCCCAGGGCAGAUGCUGCUGCCCCCCGGCCCGCGGGGCCCCGUCCCCCCGGGGGGGCUCCAGCCCGUGCAGACCCCCAGCGUGAUGGAGGAGGACAUCCUGAUGGACCUCAUCUAGGGGCACCCCCAAAUUCGGGGUGGGAACCCCAAAAAACACCCAAAAUACCCCUAAAAAACCCCAAAAAUAUCCUUCAAAAACCUCAAAAAUACACUAA